UGCCCCGCGGUCCCACUACUUCCGGUAGCCUCCCGAGUCAUGUCCGGGAGCCGGGCCUUCCCGCGGAGUCUGAGAGAGAGGAGCCUGGGAGGCAGAGACUGAGAGGCCGGAGCCCGGGGGCCCCGAGCCCAACGUACACACGCUGCCCCACAACAAGCCGCCAGGUUUGGCUGCAUCAACCAGAUCUCCCCAACAGAAAGGGUGGACGAAUGCUCCUAAGCUUGGCCCCGUGGAGGUAGCCCCUUGACUGAAGGCGGCGACAUUUUCGCAGUUUUGAGGAUCUGGAAAAGAAGGAACGUGUGUCCAUCGAACACAAGAACCAUUGAAUACUUGGAGCUUUGAAAAGCCAGCAGAGAGAAUCUGUGCUGUGUUUGGGAAGAAGGGUGCGUUGCUAAGGAUCCUGUCAUUGGGGUCAGGCUGGUGCCUCUCCAGUGUCUUUAAGUGAAACUGGGUUUUCCUCAGAAUAUUUUGGUACCAAUAUGAAUGAAGUGUCAGUUGUCAAGGAAGGAUGGCUUCAGAAAAGAGGUGAAUACAUUAAAACCUGGAGGCCAAGGUACUUCCUGUUGAAAUCAGAUGGUUCUUUUAUUGGCUACAAGGAGAAGCCUGAGAGCGCAGAUCACUGUUUACCACCAUUAAACAACUUCUCUGUAGCAGAAUGCCAGCUAAUGAAGACCGAACGGCCAAGACCCAACACGUUCAUCAUCCGGUGCUUACAGUGGACGACAGUAAUUGAGAGGACCUUCCAUGUUGACACACCAGACGAGCGAGAGGAAUGGACAAGAGCCAUCCAAACUGUUGCAAACAGCUUGAAACAUCAGGAGCCUGGAGACGAUGCUAUGGACGUCAAGUCUGGCUCACCCAGUGACAGCUCGGGGCUGGAAGAGAUGGAAGUGUCGAUUUUGAAGUCGAGGAAUAAAGUGACAAUGAACGAUUUUGACUAUUUGAAGUUACUGGGAAAGGGCACCUUUGGCAAAGUUAUCCUUGUGAAAGAGAAGGCCACGGGCAGGUACUAUGCCAUGAAAAUUCUACGGAAAGAAGUAAUAAUCGCGAAAGAUGAAGUCGCUCACACUGUUACAGAGAGCAGGGUCUUACAGAACACGAGGCAUCCAUUUUUAACAACGUUGAAGUACGCGUUUCAAACCAGUGAUCGGUUAUGUUUUGUCAUGGAGUAUGCAAAUGGCGGAGAGCUCUUCUUCCACCUCUCCAGAGAACGUGUUUUUACUGAGGAUCGUGCACGUUUUUACGGGGCGGAGAUCGUGUCUGCCUUGGAUUACCUCCAUGAUAAGAAUGUCGUCUACAGAGAUCUGAAGCUGGAAAACCUCAUGUUGGAUAAAGAUGGGCAUAUCAAGAUCACGGACUUUGGUCUCUGUAAAGAGGGGAUAACGGAUGGAGCCACCAUGAAGACCUUCUGUGGAACCCCAGAGUAUCUGGCACCCGAGGUACUGGAGGACAAUGACUACGGUCGGGCUGUAGACUGGUGGGGGCUCGGCGUGGUGAUGUACGAGAUGAUGUGCGGGCGACUGCCCUUCUACAACCAGGACCACGAGAAACUCUUUGAGCUGAUCCUGAUGGAAGAAAUUCGGUUUCCCCGCACCUUGUCCCCUGAGGCCAAAUCGCUCCUCUCCGGACUCUUAAAGAAAGACCCCAAACAAAGGUUGGGAGGCGGUCCUGAAGAUGCGAAGGAAGUCAUGCAUCAUAAAUUCUUUGUCCCGGUUAACUGGCAGGAUGUUGUAGAGAAGCGGCUUGUGCCCCCAUUCAAACCCCAAGUAUCCUCGGAGACAGACACACGAUAUUUUGAUGAUGAAUUCACAGCAGAGACGAUAACAGUCACCCCCCCAGAUAAAUUCGACAAUUUGGACCUGACGGAGAGUGAUCAGAAAGCACACUUCCCCCAGUUCUCCUACUCAGCGAGCGUGCGAGAAUAAAUCCUCAGUUAUACCAAAAAGCAAAACCACCCAGGACAUUCUCUUCCAGAUCUGGAGAAGGCAAAACUACAUUAUCCCAAAACUCCACACAGUUUCCAUUAUCGGUCUUCAGCUCCCACCUUCGGAGUCCCAGGAACUGCAAGGCUCCACUGUAUGGAAAUUCACUACCAGUUCGUUUUCACUCUAGAAAUUGUUUUUUUUUAAUAUAGAUGUACAUAGUAAA